AUGUUCUACAAUAUAUUAAGAUACAGACAACUUGAACACAACCAACUGGCCCACAGGACACCAUUGCCACCUAAACCUACAUACGAUUAUAUAGUAGUCGGCUCCGGUAGUGCCGGUGCUAUUGUCUCGUGUCGUCUAUCCGAAUGGGGUUCGGAUGUACUGUUGCUGGAAGCUGGCGGAGGUACCGAUGCCCUAUACGACGAUACACCCAUAUUGGGACUGUAUUUUCUGGGUCAACACUACCAGAGUUAUCGUUUUUUCCAGGUUGAGCCACAACCCUAUACGGGACAGUCGUAUUUUGGUGGCGAAUAUCAAAUACAUAGCAAUGUAUUAGGUGGUGGCUCUACUGUCAACGGUAUGGUAUAUAAUAGAGGUAAUCGUAAAUUUUUUGACACACUAUCCACAAAAUACGGUGCCAUUGGUUGGGAUUAUGCGAGUGUUUUGCCAGUAUUUAAACUGAUGGAAAAUAAUACCGACCCCCGGGUUAGCGAUGAAUAUCACGGACGUCAGGGACCGGUAGGCGUGUCGACAGCAAUCAAACAGAUACCGUUGUACGAAAAACAAGCCCAGGCUGCCCGGGAAUGGGGUCACCAGUCAAAUGAUUUUAAUGGCCAUAAUCAGACCGGGUUUACUGUUGCCCAGUCGACUAUUGCCAGGGGGUUGCGAUCGUCGACAUUGAAUGCCUAUUUGAAAAGUGGUCUGUGUCCCCGGUUGACUAUUGUUACCGGUGCUCAGGUAUCUAAAAUACUAAUUGAUCAUGAUGAUGACGAUGGUGAUAAUAAUAAUGGUAUACCCCGGGCCAAUGGUGUCACAUUUAUUAAGUAUAAUCAUACUUAUCAUGUAUGGGCCAAACGUGAGAUUAUAGUAUCGGCAGGUCCUAUACUAAGUCCACAGUUGCUAAUGUUGUCGGGUAUCGGACCAGUCGAUCAUCUUAACGAUAAAGGUAUUACCCGUAUAUAUGUCGACUUACCCGGUGUUGGCAGCAAUUACAGGGAUCACGUCAAUGUUGUCCUCGAAUUUCCCGUACACAACUAUCAGCCAGGUUUGAUUAAUCCGUCAAGUUUGACCCUGGAUACAGAUAAUCUGGGACAGUCACCGUAUACAUUGUUUUAUUUGUCUACACGUAACAAUCCCGAUCGGGAUGACUAUCCCGAUGUUUAUCUAUUUUCCGAAAUAGCCCUAAACGGUACACAACCGCCUGUUUCGGCCUACAAACCAUCGGAUAUUCAGAGUCCACUGUAUCAGCAGUUUGUCGACUAUAUCGGGGAACUGGAGUCUAACGAGUUUUUUCAAGUCCGAACAACAUUGGUUCGGGCAAUGAGUUCGGGUACGGUUCGGCUGAAUACCAGUCGAAUUGAGGAUCAACCGCUAAUUGAUCCCCGAUUUUUGACGGCCGAAAUCGAUCGCCUGCGGCUACGGGAGGCUGUAGUGGAAACGUUUCGGUUUGUCGAGACGACCAGUUUUGGCCAGUAUGUACGGCUACCGCGGGUACCGAUGCCACCGUGUCAGUACUGUCCCGAUGGUCGACCAGUUUAUCAGUGUCUCAGUUAUAUUGAUUGUCUAAUUAGGGAAUGGGCUGCCAAUCAGUUUCAUCCGAUGGGUACCUGUCGUAUGGGUGAUCCCAGCCAUAGGGAUACUGUAGUCGACCCGCGAUUGCGUGUCAAAGGUAUACGCGGGUUGCGUAUAGUCGACUCGUCCGUCUAUCCCGAGAUAGUCAAUGCCAAUCCAAAUGCAGCGGCAAUGUUGGUCGGAGAAAUGGGCGCCCGAUUUAUACGCGAAGAUAAUGCUAAUUAA